UGUUUUCUUGUUACAUAAUUUUGGUAGGAAAAAACUGGGGGCAAAAUUAUCUAUAGUAGGGGUGGGGCAUUGUACCUUUAUCGAGGUAGAAAUUACAACUAUAAAACCCGUCCUCGUUUCCCUCUUAUGCUAUGGAAACCCGCUGCACCAGUGUACCCUCGGCUCCUUAAGCAGGUCCCUGAUGGCCUAACACUGGAUGAAGUGACUGAAAUGCGUAAGAAGGGGCGGAAAUUAAUACCAAUAUGCAAGCUCGGGAAAAAUGGUGUGUACUCUAACCUCGUAAAACAUGUUAGAGAGGCGUUCGAAGAGUGUGAACUUGUCAAGAUUAAUUGUCAAGGGCUGAACGAGAGCGACUUCAAGAAAAUCGGCGCGAAACUAAGGGAUCUUGUCCCUUGUGUUCUUAUUUCUUUUGAAAGCGAGCACAUUCUUUUGUGGAGAGGAAAAGAUUGGAAAUCCUCCCUUCCAUAUAUAGUAAGAAAUCCCGUGGGAGCGAAGGCACGUGAAACAAACGAGGGAACUAUUGCUGCACCAUCCAUUGAAGAACGAGAAGCAUCGGUCGAGAAUACUAGUCUGAUCGACCAUGAUUUGAUGUCUUUGGGUUCUGCAGGCCUCUCAACUGGAGGAAACGAGGAGCUAGAUCCUUUGGUUGCCGAGAAAUCUGUCUCUGCCGAUGUCGAAUCAUUAACAGCAAUGAUGCAUAAAAGCAAUUCUCUAGCAGACGCCGACGAUAUGGAAGCUACAGGGUCAGAUGUUCAAGAAAUGAACACUGAUAACACAUGUGAUGAUUCUGAAUCGUCGAGCGCAAUGUCGGGUGGUGAGACUGAGACUGAUUCAGGACAUGAAUACUCGGACUUUGAUGAAGCAGAACCAAUGGAACAAUCAAGAUUGAAUGCCAUUGCAGCUGCUGGAAACCUGGAGACUAAGGUAGGGGGUACUUCAGAAGCCACACAAGCUCUCAAUAAGCCAGCAAGUUACACCAUGGAUGGAGUUCUUCAAUUAUUGAAGCAAGCGAUCGAAAAUGGCGGUGCCCUUGUCUUGGACGAUUCUUCAUUGGAUGCCGAUGUCGUUUAUCGUCGAGCAGUUGCCUUUUCUCAGUCUGCUCCUCCGGCGCCCGUUUUCAGGCACCAACCAAGGAAGAAGGUAGCAGUUGAUAAGGGUGAGGAGCAAACAAGCAGAGAAUUGGAGGAAGUGAAAGAAGAGAGUGCAGUUUCGGUGGAGAGAGGGAGUGGGAAGAAGGAUUCUAAGACGAAAAAGAAGAAGAAUUUUGGUGAAUAUAAUUUCAGUUCGCCACAAGGAAGCUUAGGAGUGGAUGAACUUGCAAAGUUAUUGGCAUGACGUGUACAGGUCCAGGUUCAAACUUGAUUAGUCAAUAAAAAUCCAUUUUAAUCCA